AAUCGAUAAUCGUCGAACGUCAACUCGAUACACAACACACAUGCCUCUGGAGAAGCGAUAGAACUUGCAAAAUGGCGUAUUAUUGAAGUAUAUCCGUGUAUUCUUACAAUCAUCGUGAUUUACGUUCACUGUAGUCGUCGUGUGGUCUGUGAGAAUAUACCUGUGUACAAUAAUUUUGUGUUACCGAUAAUUAUUUACCGCAAAGUUUAUCAUGGGUACGUCAGAUCUGGAAGAUCUUGAAUACAAGAGAGAAUCUUUAGGAUUAGAUUCUGAUACAGAUGGAAUGACCGAUCUGAGAAAGAAGAAAAAGAGAAAACAUAAGCAUCACAAACACAAGAAAGAGAAAUUAAUUGAGAGGGAAGAUGAUCGAUUGGACAGACAAGAAAAACGAAAACACAAAAAACACAAAAGACAGAAAAGAGAGAAAGAUUUGGAGAAUGGUAGUAUAGAUGAGAAAUUAAUUGCUACUGUGGUACACAAAGAAGUCGGUAUGAAUGGAAAAGUAAAAAGUGGAGUUUUGGAAGUUGCUUCUACGGAGGAAAGUGAGGAUGAGAAGCUAGUUGAUCUUGAUUCAGAUGAAUUAGAAUGUACAAUCAUAGAAGAUGAUAUUGAUCUCGAAGAGUUAAUGAAACAAAAGGAACGAUUGCAAGCCUGUUUAGUACAAUAUCUGUCGGAUGACGAUGAAAAGAUAGAUGACAAAGAAAUACAGGAAGAGGAAGAGGAAGAAACAAAACCAACAGUCGAAACGCCCGAUGUGAUAUUAGUGGAAGACGAUAGCGACACAAACGAAGCGUCACUUAAGAAACGUGCUAGAAGCAAAUCUAGCAGCAAAGAACGUAAGAAAGUGAUAAAGACAGAAAGACGUGUUGUAGUUGAUAUGAGUAGGGACAGAAAAUCUCGCGAACAACAUAAAGAUAAGAGAAGAGAUUUUGAUAGGAAAAAGGAUGAUAAGGCUCGGCCUAGGGAGGAAGAGAAGAGAGAAGAGGAACGAAGAAAGGACGACAGAUCUAGAAAGAUCGGCGAGAGGCAUAAGGAAGAUAUGAGAAAGGAUGAAUCCAAUAGGAAAACGGAAGAAGAUCUGAGACGUAAGGAUUCUGCAAAAAAGGAAGAAAUACGGAAAAGAGACUCUGACAGACGGGAAGAAAGUCGAAGGCGAGAAUCCGCAACUCAUCAUAGUUCAAAAACUCGUAGUACCGAGAUGAAAAGUUCAGACAGUAAGAGUCGCGAUAGGUUAGGAAGUCGCGAGCGCCAAGACAGUCGAGAUCGACACGUACUACGUACUGACAGCCACGAUCGGCGUAGUCGCGACCGGUCUAGCAAGGAGCCUCAUCAUACGAGCCGUGACAAGAGAGACAGCAGGAGUCGAGAUCGACAUGGAAAUCGCGAUCGGCAUAGCAGUCACGAUCGACGUGAUAAUCGGUAUCACGAUCAUCGGGUUAGAGAUCGAUCUCGCAGCAACGUGAGAAGAUCUCGCAGUCCUACUCGGAUUAGAUCAGAAAAAGAACGAAAUGAUCGUUACAAGAGAUCGAGAUCGCUAUCCCGAAGUCGUAGAGAUCGGGACAGACAUCAAGGAAGAGAUCGCGACAGAGAAAGAAACAGCAAAAGAGAACGUAACGACAAAUAUAAGGAUUCUUUAUCGGAAGGUCUUAAAGUAGAACAUUCGGAGAGUUCAAGCGAAGAAGAAAUCAAGGAUAUCGAUAUCGAGGAAGAGGAAGACGAGGAAGCAAUCAUAGAACGUCGACGAAAACAGAGAGAAGAGUUGCUCAAAUGCAUGUUGGUUUUUUUGCAGAGAUUAAGUGGACCAAAUGAGGAUUCUAAUAUGUCAACUGACAUACAUGUCGUCGAAUCUCCGGAAAGUCAAUCCAAUGUAUCACAAAAAUCUAUAGAAGUUUCAUCUAAUAACAAUGAGUCUACGAUGGAGAGCCACACGCCGCCACUGCCCACAGAAAAACUGGAUUCUCCGCCGCCAGUGAAGAAAAGAAAGUCGAGAUUCGAAGAUGCGCCACCGAACGAGUCCGAUAAAAAGAUAAUAAUAGAAAGGUGUAAACAAGAAGAAAAACAAAUCAAAAAAUCGAAUGAAUGGGACAUGUUCGCGGAGGCAGAUAACAUUGGAGAUUUUAAUAGUCCUACGCUCGAAGGAAAACGUCAAGGAGGACCGGAUAAUCCGAGUUUGACGGAUAAUUGGGAUGACGCUGAAGGUUACUAUCGUGUACGAGUCGGUGAAACGUUAGAUUCGCGGUAUGUAGUCUACGGAUAUACAGGCCAAGGUGUAUUUAGCAACGUCGUGAGGGCGAGAGACAGCGCCAGAGGCAAUCUAGAUGUAGCUGUGAAGAUCAUAAGAAACAAUGAAAUAAUGCACAGAACCGGUCUAAAAGAAUUAGAAAUUCUUAGGAAGCUGAACGAUGCUGAUCCAGAAGAUCGGUUUCACUGUUUACGUUUAUUCAGACAUUUUUUUCACAAGAAUCAUUUAUGUAUGGUCUUUGAGCCUUUAGCCAUGAAUUUAAGAGAGGUUUUAAAAAAGUAUGGCAAAGACGUUGGUUUACACGUAAAAGCGGUAAGGUCGUAUACGCAGCAACUUUUUCUAGCACUAAAGUUAUUAAAACGUGCAAAUAUUCUUCAUGCUGACAUCAAACCGGAUAAUAUUCUAGUCAGUGAAAGCAAGCUAGUGCUGAAACUCUGUGAUUUCGGUUCUGCAUCGCACGCUCACGAAAAUGAAAUCACACCGUACUUGGUAUCAAGAUUCUAUCGUGCACCCGAAAUAAUUCUUGGUAUACCGUAUGAUUUUGGCAUUGACAUGUGGUCUGUGGGUUGCACCAUAUAUGAAUUGUAUACUGGAAAAAUAAUGUUUUCCGGGAAAACGAACAACCAAAUGUUGAAGUAUUUUAUGGACCUAAAGGGCAAGAUGCCGAACAAGCUGAUCAGGAAGGGCACGUUCAAGGAUCAACAUUUUGACAGUAACUGCAAUUUCCUGUAUCACGAGGUUGAUAAAGUCACGGAACGGGAAAAAAUCGUCGUAAUGUCGACACUGCCAGCGACGCGUGAUCUCAGCGCGGAACUUGGCGGAAGCUCGUUACCGCCGGAACAAAGUCGCAAAGUUGGACAGUUGAAAGAUUUACUGGAACGUACGCUGAUGCUAGACGCUGGGAAGAGGAUCACUGUGAAUCACGCUCUGGCACAUCCCUUUAUACAAGAAAAAAUAUAGAUGUGUCUUCGAUUCAAAUCAUCGUUAAGUGCGGCCGGACCUUUUGAGGGCCCUUAGCGCCGAUCCCGUUACAAGGUAUUCAUGGGGGAUUGCCUUAUGGGAUACUUAGUACAAAUAUACCGUUUCUCUAUAUUAUAUAUAUAUUUAAUAUAGUCCGAUGACAGAAUCGUAGGUCGUACGUGAAAGAGUAGUCCGAGUCUUAAAGAUGGUAUCUAUUUGAUCAAACUGUUUUACAUGUAUCUUUUUCGAGGCAAAAUAGAAUAAGAAUUUGAUUCGCGCGCGAGUUCCAACAAUUUCGUAUGUUACAAUAUUUGAACAUUUGCAAAAUUUGUCACUUUUUUGUGAAGACAAUGCGAAAUGUAAGGCGUGAAAUCGAUCGAGACAAUACUAAUUCACGAGAUAUACAUAUAUAUAUAUGUAUAUAUAUGUAUAUAUAUAUAUAUAUAUAUACAUGUAGAUUAGUAUUUUUGUUCAACAAAAAGGGCGAUUGUAUAGAUAUAAUAUGAAAAAAAUCUCUGAUAAGAUGUAAUUGAACAGAGGAAAUAUUCUCGGGAACGUUUCAAUACAGAAGUAAAAAAAAAGUUAUACUAUGAAACUACGACUAGUAUGUAUUGUUCUAAUUGGCAAUUUGGUGAUGUUUCACUUGUAGCCCUCCCUGUGCGGAGGGGAGGCAAUGGAAGAGGUGAUGAAAACAAUUGAUGAGGAAGGAAGGAAAAUGUGCGAUAUACUUGCGCCUACGUCGUGUCUACUGCAUAUAGAUACAUGCACUGUCGCUCUCUAGACACAGUUCAACGUGGUUUAUGCAAUGGUUUAACUAGAUUUAAUCCGCGUGCUAAGGUUUCUCUUAGUUACAUGAGAUCGCAAUCGAGGACUCGUAAGUAUGUAUGCAGGUAAAGUACAUAAUUAUGAAAAUUCUCAAAGCGACGACGAAUAAUACAAGUGUACUUCUAUUUUUUUCAAAAUUUAUUCAGCGCGAGAUCAAGAUCUUUUUAAAAUAACAAAUCGUGUGUUGAGUGUUUGGUAACAUACUAAUAUCUGCGUCUUUGAGUUUUCAGAUAUUUAAAACCUAUGCGCUCUAGGAAAACGAAAAGCAGAUACGCAAUGAAUUUAUUAUUCUUGACAAACAAACUGAUUUUUUAUAUUUAUCUCUUCCUGCCCUCUCUCGUUCUUACCCCCUUCUCGUAAAUAUUUUUACAAAAUAUGUAGAAAUACUUUUAAUAUGAAUAAAAUGUCUCAAAAUGA